AACGUUAUAAGGUUGGCCUUUUCCGGAACGUUUCGCUGUGUUUACACUACCGGAGACAGGAGGCCGCGGCUCCUUCGACGUUUCACUAGCAGAAAAACUUUCAAUUGGAAGCUUUAGCUGUGGCAGUAGAGUCGAAGUCAGACAGGUGAUGAGUUGAAGACUGAAGGCUGGCUGAUUGUUAGGGACCAUGGAGGAUGACUGCAGGCCUCUGCUGGGCCCAGAUCCCACUGGGGACAGCCCCUCCCACAGAGGCUCAGCUGGGUCACUGGACAUCAGAACUAAACGGCCUUUCUAUGUGGAGCCCAGGAACAUUGUAAGUAAUGACCCUCAGGAGAGGAUCUCUGCUGAGGCUGCCAUCCUGAACAGUAGAGUCCAUUACUACAGCAGACUGACAGGGUCCUCUGACACAAUGCUGAGUCCUCCAAACCAUGUGAUCCCCACUCCAGAGGAGAUGUACGUCUACAGCCCUCUCGGGAUGGCUUUCAAGGUUCCAGACAGCGAGCAGGCUGCUAAGAACCCCAGCAUUGUCACCAUCUUUGCCAUAUGGAACACCAUGAUGGGGACAUCCAUACUCAGCAUACCGUGGGGUAUUAAGCAGGCUGGUUUCACUCUGGGAAUUAUCAUCCUCAUCUUCACUGGCCUGCUAAUGCUGUACUGCUGUUACAUUGUCAUCAAAUCACCAAAGGCAAUUAGGGGUGUGGACACAUCCAGCUGGGAAUUCCCUGAUGUUUGCAGGUUCUACUUUGGAAAGCUUGGCCAGUGGUCCAGCUUGGUCUUCUCCAUGGUCUCUCUUGUUGGAGCCAUGGUGGUAUACUGGGUCCUAAUGUCCAACUUCCUCUACAACACUGGGCAGUUCAUCUACAACCAUGCUCACAACGUCAGCACAUCCGAUUCAGAGUAUGGAACCAACGGCUCUGAUAGAGUUAUCUGCCCAUACCCUAAAACUCACCCUGGAAGAAAUGACUCCAUGACCAGUCUGUGUAGCAGCUCCUCUGGGAAUGACUCGUCUGGGAGCAGCUUUGAUCACUACUGGAGUAAAACCGGCACUAUCCCUCUCUACCUCAUCAUCCUGCUGCUGCCACUGCUCUGCUUUCGCUCUGCCUCUUUCUUUGCCAGGUUCACUUUCUUUGGCACUAUAUCAGUCAUCUAUCUGAUUGUGCUGGUCACAAUCAAAGCUUCCCGCCUUGGCUUCCAUCUAGAGUUCCACUGGUUUGAUCCGUCCAAGUUCUACGUUCCAGAGUUCAGGCUGUUUUUUCCUCAGCUGACUGGUGUGCUCACCCUGGCCUUCUUCAUUCACAACUGCAUCAUCACAUUGAUGAAGAGCAACAAAAACCAAGAAAAUAACGUAAGGGACCUGUCCUUGGCUUAUCUUCUCGUUGGAGGGACAUAUAUGUAUGUGGGCGUGUUGAUCUUUGCUGCCUUUCCCUCACCUCCUCUCUCCAAAGACUGCAUUGAACCAAACUUUUUAGAUAACUUCCCCAGCAGUGAUGUGAUGGUGUUUGUGGCUCGAGUGUGCUUGCUGUUCCAAAUGAUUACUGUCUAUCCUCUGCUGGGUUAUUUGGUACGAGUCCAGAUUAUGGGUCAGCUGUUUGGAAAUCAUUAUCCCGGUUUCAUUCACAUUCUUGUGCUGAAUAUUCUCAUUGUUGGAGCUGGAGUUCUAAUGGCCAUGUUUUAUCCCAACAUUGGAUCUAUAAUACGAUUUUCUGGAGCAAUAUGUGGACUGGCCUUAGUGUUUCUACUUCCUACUUUAGUGCACAUGUUCUCCCUGAGAGAGCAGGGGAGACUCACCUGGCAGUCAGUCCUUUUCCACAGUUUCCUCAUCGUUCUGGGUGUGGCCAACCUGAUGGCUCAGUUUUUUAUGUAGAAAACAACUAGGCAAUAAUUUAAAGAUGAGAAAAUGUAAUGGAAGGUUUAGCUGCUACCACCUAACUGGUGUGGUUUAAAUAUCUCCGCAACAGGCUCCAAACAUACAGUAUGCAAGCAUUUACAUACAUAUUUAUUUCAAUAUGUACUUCAUAUUCAAAUAAAUGUAUAACCAUUAGUUGUUUGAACUUACAUUGAGUAAAGAAUGUUUUGAACAUGUCAAUAUUUUCUCUGUUUAAAUAUUUCUAAAAUGGCCAUUGGCAGAGUUUAGGAAUAGCCCAAGUAAUCCACACAUAUGAAGAAAUCAAGCAAAUUAGUCCACAAAGUCAGUUAUGAGUAAACAAAUGGAUUGAAAUGGGGAACAUGUGAAGAAUAGCAUCUUCUACAUAUCUCUUCUACAGAUAUCUCUCUUAGCCUUCAAAAAGUUUUUUUAUAAUGAAAAUAUUUCACAGUUGCUAUCUGGAGAUUACACACAGUUGCACAGGAGAGAGGUGGGGUCACCUUGAACAGGUCACCAGUCCAGCACAGGACAAACAAUCAUGCACACAUUCAUACCUCAUGAGAAUUUAGACAGACCAGUCAACCUAAACAUCAUGAUUUUGGACUGGGGGAGGAACCCAGAGUACCCUGAGAGAACCUACGCAUGGACAGGGAGAACAGGAAGAGUCCAUGCCGGGAAUCGAACCCAGGACCUUCUUUCUGCAAGGCAGCAAUGAUACGAACUGCUCCACCACACAACAAAAAGCAUACUGUUCCUAAACAUAGUCAUGGCAGUCAGUGGUUACAACUGCAUCCCCCCCAAAGGUUUUAUUGGCUCUAGUGGCCUUUAUUUGACAGUAAAUUGGGUAUUUAGAGAAGGGGGAAGACAUGCAGCACCGGGAAUUGAACCUGCGACAGCCGCAUCGAGGGCUAAAGCCUCUAUAUGUGGGUUGUGCUUAAUCCCUGUGCCAUCUCAACAUCCCACAGCUGCAUUUUUAAACUUCUGAAACUUACUAGUGAGCCCUGUUGGAAUUAUUAUCCGAAAGUGGAACAAACAUGACUUCACCACAAACCAGCCAGGUGGCCCAUUUAAGAUUUCUGAAAGAGCAGUCAAAAGAAUAACUAGAAUUGUCCAAGAGCCAAGAACCACUUGCAGAAAGUUGCAGGUGCAUUUUCUCCAGGUAAGCAAUAAGUGGCUUCUAUGCACAGUGACUGCACAAGACGUCACCCCGGAAGAACGUCUGCUGCAGAAGAUUUGGACAAGUGUGCAAAAUUCUGAGAGAAGACAGUCUGGUCUAAUGAGGCCAAUGUAAUCGCUCACAUCAAGUUUAAAGAAAGAAUGGUUCUGUACAUCACUCUGGAAACACCAUGCAAAGGUGACAUUAGCAGGUGGAAACAUCACAGUGUGGGCUCUGUUACAGCACCUGGUUCUGGGAGGCUUCAUAUAAUCCAAGGAAAGAUAGAUAGAUUUACUAGGAAACUGUUGAUAAGAAUGUGAGAAUGAAACAAAUGUUAAUUUGAAGCAAGUUUCAAACACAGCCAAGGAAACUCUUAACUCAUUUCUGAGAAAUAAAGUAAAACUGUUGGGAUGGCUCAAUCACCUAUCUUAAAUGAAAAUAUAUGGAAAGAGCUGAAUGUGCAAUUAAAGGAACCCUGACAACCUUUAAGAUUUGGAGACAUUUUGUCUGAGACAAUAGGUUCCAUUCCAUGUUUCAUUCUAUUUUUUUAGUCAUUAAAUUGACUGGUGGAUUUAUUUGCUCUGAUUAUGUUAGUGGAUUGCUUGGGUGUGAGUUGAUGCUGAUGGUGGUCUGGUGUUAAUUUUAUCUCGGUGUCCCCAUUAGAACAUUUAAGCUGAGAAAAAUGUUGACAUGUUUAAUACUAAUUUUACCAGCCUCAUUUUAAUUCAGGCCAACCUUUGUUUAUUUGACUUUGCUUAUACAGAGAUUAAAAACAGACAGAUGGACAUGAAGGCACAAGAGACUCGUACAUUAGAAAAUAUCAAACUAAUCAGACAAAUAUAAUAAAGAUAAAGACUCCAGGGAAUAUGGACCUCAGGGGAAGCAGUUGUGUAGAGUAGCAGGAAAAGAAAAUGUAUAAAUAUACAUAAAAUAAUCAUAAACUAAAUGGUAAACUGAUUUGAGAAAAUACCAAUAUAGACAAAAACAUUACAAUAACUGCAAAAAUGGUAACUUAUAUAGAAACAACAAAGAACAUAUAGAUACUUGUUAGAUACUUGUAAUGUACUAGCAAUAAUUAAAAAUAAUAAACUUUAAGAGAUGACAAAUAUAAACCAAAACCACCAAACUGAAUAGAUGUCUUUAGAAUGCUGUUCAAGACGUCCAAGCUCUCAGCUGGCCUCUGAUCUUCAGGCUUGGCCCACAGUAGACGGCCAUAACGAUGCCUCACCUUGUGAUUUAGUUCUCACUGUAGGUACCAGCAGCCGACCGUUUUCAGAAGACAGAAGCAGUUCUCAUAAGUGGGGUGGACUACAACAUUACGGCCAUUACGUUUUAAAUACCACUAAGAAUACCUUAAAAUCAAUUCCAAAAUGCACACCAACUUUAAUUGCAGACUUUAAAGUUGCCGUGAUGUGAGCUCAGCUUCUGGUCCUCGACUAGCAGAGUUCUGAAUUAGCUGUAAUAGAGCUAUUAUUUUUCCAGCAAGAUCAGGAAGCAGAGUAUUGCUAUAAUUGAUUGUACCAGCUGUAAAAGUGUGAAUCAAAGUUUCUGUAUUGGAUUAUUAGAGAAAUAGUUACAGUCUUGCAAUGUUCCUCAAAUGAUAAAAAUGUGUUUCUGGUGACAUUCUUGAUAUGGUUUCUGAAACCAUAGUUUGAAUCAAAUAUGUUUUUCAAUUUUGAUGAAGGAAAUUCUCAUAAUUUAAUAUGUAAAAAAAAAAAAAAAAACUGCUUCAAAGUGCCUGGAUGGAUGUGGGCUCAUAAAUGCACUAAUAAACGGAGGUGUUUGUCAUCAGCAUAACUAUGAAAGUUAAUGCCAUGUCUCCUAAUGAUGUAUGCCAACAGUUGGUGGGUGGCAUAUAAGGAUUCAAAAUAUUGGGACUCAAUGCUGAGCCUUGGUGGACACAGAUUACUUGUGUAAAACUGGGAUGCUGUUACUUUAGUUGAUUAAGGAAAAGCUUCUCCACAUUUAGCUAAAAACACAGCAGAUUAGAAUAAAGACAUUGAGUUCACAACAGCAGACUUAAAGACAGUUGUGAAACCCAAUGUCCCGCUCCAUAUAAAAAGAAUAAUUAAUAUUAAGAGCAUAAUUUUGAAAAAGAUAUGGUUCUAAAGAGUCUAAAGAUAUUUUUCUGUUUUAAGUGAGAAAUAAUUCUGCUUAGCAGUUCAUCAACCAUUCUCCAAUGUUUCCCCACCAUUUAACAAUGACUCAGAGGUGAUAUUUUUAUGCUGGCAUUGAGAUAAAUUAUAUCUUAUAUUUUUUAUGUUUCCUCUGAAGAAGGCUGCAAAAUCUCCACACUUUGUAAUUGUGGAGUUACUGGUGGAUACUGGGGAGGGCUGGUUAGAUUAGUCUGUUAAAAACUGAGAGCAGGAUUCUUUGAUUAUUUUUAGUAUCAGAUAUUAAUUUUAAUAAAUAUGAAUAGUUCACUUGCUUGACUGUAAAUGAUCUAAUUCUGGAAAUUGUGGUAAUUUAUUUGCUGAUCUUUUCUUUCUGAUUUUCUUCAUGUCUUUCCUAGAAGAUUUUAUAUUUUGUAUUUCUUAAUUCACUGUUGGAUUUUUUCCAACCAUGAAAUGUAAAAAUUCUAUUUAUGAAAAAGUAUUUUAUCAAGUAAUGUAUGAUUGUUGUUAAUACCGACCAAAGUGAAACCAAAUGUUUCCUGGCCUCAUCUUCAUGAAGUAUUGUGGUUUGAUGUCUCUGUAGAGCAGUUUUUCUACAUCCUUCAGUUUUACAGCCUGGUCUCACUUUUUGGGUUGCAGCUGAUUUCUAUGGCAGAGCUCUUAAAAUGGCUGCUCAGCAGAGAAAACACAGCAGCACUCAGCAGUUAGACAGUGCUCUCAGGCAUUGGUUUUAAUCAGACAAUAACAUUUGGAGCAGUCUGAACGAAGAGCAGAGUUGCUUUUCCUCCUCUGUGGGUUUACGUCCAGGAUGUUUGCUGUCGGGUUUAAUUCAAGUUAAACAUAUUAUGAACUUUAUAGUUCUGAAAACUUUGUUCUUACAAAAGAUACAGUGUGUUGACAUUUUUGGAAGAACGUCAGUAGCAUUUAAAGCUGUACUAAACAACUGACCGGUAUUUGACAUGUUAAGAUGAUGUGUGUACCCAGCAGAUUGUAUUGGCCCAGUAAUGAUGGACAAAGGGAAUACUUGUGUGAAGAUGUAGGAUCUGUAUGUUUGUUAACUUUUAUUAAACUUCUUGUUGAUUGUA